ACCAGUCGUAUUCCAUCCAAGAAGGUAGCCUAGAAUCUUGACCUGAAACUUGCGCACAUGGGGUUUAAUAGAUACCAAAUGUUUUUGAAUGGAUAAGGGACUAAUGGUGAUUGAUGUUGUGCAGAUAAAUGAUUCAGUGACAGUUGUCACAUUCCUCUACUGUUCUACUCUAACGUCUGAGUGCUUGACAGCUGGAAAUACCCCUUCUCUUCAUUAGUAGCCUAAGCUGUUCAUUUUGCCCAUUUGUCUUCACUGAAGCUCUAGGACAAAUAAAUACGAAUCACUGCAAGCCCGUCAGUUUUCUCUAAAUGACAAGACCCCUUUACAUCAGGCUCUGUUUCCCCCCUUUAUGCAUGUGUUAAUUAAGGACAGGACUGGAGGAGACAAGAUCAUCUCUUUCAAAAGAAGAUUGUAAUGUGGUGACACAAUCAGAAUUCUGGAGAAAAGGGUGUAGCUAACUCAGCUGGGCUGGCUGUCAGACUGUGGGAACUUUUUUUGUUUAAACUUCAUCAAUCAGUGGAAAUAAAGAGCCAUAUCUCCCAGGUAAUGAAUUAUCUACAAGUUUUUUCCCCACAUAUGUUGAACUCCUUAACACAGCUGGAUGUCACGUGUUGGGUGGAGGUCGCACGGUGUUUGGCUCUGGUUAAGUAGCCAGCGCCACUUCUUCUCCUUCUGAGCCGCAUUCUCUAAUAGAGUUUUUAGGGGCAAUUAAAGUCAUAGUUGUCUCAGACAUUGCCGUGACCUCUGAACCUCAGCUCAUUUCCUGCCGCCAUCUCCAGCAGCACUGAGAGAGAGAGCCGAGACCACAUGUUGGGGUCAUGGGAAAUGCUGUUUGGGGGAGAAAAAAACAAAUAGAGCAACAUGCUCAGUGCACACUGGUCAAGCCCAUGCACAGUCAGGAAAUGGCAGUGCUGUAUGUCUGCAAUGCAUGCAGAGCGGCAAGAUCGCACACGAGUUUUAGUCUGAACUGAAGAGCGUCUUUGUCAGCAAGCCCUUUCCUGCACUUCAGCAAAUGCCAAGUACUAACAUGGUGGAAUCACUACCAAUUUGUCUGAUGGUAUUCUCUUCAUGGUUGCCAACAGAGUCUCUCAGCCAUGAAUGGAUGGCAAUUUGAGAGAGACAUCAAAAGAGGAGCUGCCGUUGGAAUCGGUUGUCCAGGCCAUUGGGGGCCCAACAUUUUUGGAAAUUUGGGCCCUCAAACUCUGAAGUGAAAUGACGCGAUUCUCCUGAAGACGAUCGUCGAAGAGCAAAGCCCCGCCGCCUCCGCCAGUCGCGAAAGGGCUUGAUGGUCCGCCGCCCUCCCCCACUUCUCCAGGCUACCAGCGCGCCUCCAGCCCCAUGGACCCGCAGCAGCAGCAGGAGAACCCUCUGCAGCGUGAGCUGACCCUGCUGGUGGUGCUGCCCGACGGCACGGAGAAGACCAUGCUCGCCCACGGCAGCAAGCCCAUGAUGGACCUGUUAGUGACGCUGUGUGCUCAGCACCACCUGAACCCGUCGGGACACACCAUCGAGCUGGUCUCCAAGAACCGCAACCACAUCAAGUUCAAGCCCAACGCUUUGAUUGGGGCCCUGGAGGCCGAGAAGAUCCUGCUGAAGCCCAAGGGGCUAGAGGAGAAGCAGAGGAGAGCGGGGCCUCACAUGCCGGAGGCUACCGUGCGCCUGGUGAUAAACUACAGGAAGACGCAGAAGACCAUUCUCCGAGUCAGCCCCAAGAUCCCGCUAACCGAGCUGCUCCCGGCCAUCAGCGAGAAAUGUGAAUUCGACGUGUCGACGACAAUCCUGCUCAGAAACGUUCAGUCCGAUGAUCCAUUGGACCUAACUCGCACCCUCAACGAUCUAGGUAUCCGGGAGGUCUACGCAAGAGACACAAAAGUGACCAGCCCAGUCGUCGAACUCCCGCCCUCACCCACACAUCAUUGCCAAGAUGCACUUUGUCUGCCGUCCAGGAAGGACAAGAGCCAGAAAGAAAAGGAGAAUAAGGAGAACAAAGGACUCUUCAGCCUCUUUAGGAGGAGUCGGAAGAAGUCAGAUCAGCCAAUGACGGCAAGCGCUCCGGCGUCCCCCAUCCUGAGGAGGCAGCGGCCGGUCAGUAUGUGUGCCCUGCCGUCGCACACGUCCAGCUACAGCUCCAACACCAUGCCGUCCGACGGGCCAAAGAAGCGCCGGGCGCCCCUGCCCCCCACCCUGUGCUCCCCGGAAGCCACCUCUCUCCCCGGGGCCAACGCGGAGGCCGGGCCCCCCUCUCCCAGCCAGGGGGGGCAGGCAGACGGCCACCACCACCAGGCUGUGAGUCGAACGUCCUCCGCCGAGUCUUCACUGCGGAGAACCAAGCGGAAGGCUCCUCCACCCCCCACAGCCAGCGUGACCGCCCCCUGCACCCCUACGCCCUCCCUGGCAGAGGAGGACGCAGCAGAGGAGAGCAGCGUGACAGGAAUUCCUCUGCCGGCCACACUAGAGAACAUUCGGGAACAGGAGGAGUCCCCACCGCCGCCAUCGUCAUCCUCCGUUCCCGCUCCCUCUCAGGAAGAGGAGCCCUGCGACGGUAAAAUGCCAGCGGAGGCAGGAGAGGAGGAGUCAGACCCUCCUGGUCCCAAGCCCUCCUCUAACGGCCAGGGGGGAGACGACAGCAGCAGCAGCCUCAACCUGUCCAUAUCGCUGGAUGAUUCGAUGCGGGCUGAGGCGUCCUCGCUCUCCCACCAUGAAGCAGACAUGCACAGCCUUUCAGACAAGGACACGGAGGAAGAUCAGUCGUGUGAUCUGUCCUCUCAUGGCAACCUGCCAAGGAGCGUGACGAGCAGUGAAGAGAAUGCUGUUACGACACACAGUGGAGAGGCACAGGUUUCCCUCGAGAGGGAAGAUGAUGACCUUUCAGGCAGUGCCACAAGUCCUGUCUCACCGACUCAGGAGGCCACAGCUCCCGAAGACCUCCUCGAAAUCCCCACAGACCCAAUGUCCUCUCCUCAGGCUGAACACCCUCCGUCUCCACCCUCUACUAACGACACAAAGCCUCCCACCGUUGCAGAGGACACGGUAUCGGAAAAUGCACCAGAGCAGGUAGCAGGCAGCCAAUUAGCCAGCUCUCAGGCAGAGGUGAGUGUCUCGUCUUCCCUGGAGAUCCUGGCCUCUACUCCCAUGGCUGCCUCCACACCAGAGCCAGAGCCAGAGGCUGAGUCAGAACUACAGCUCACGCCCAGCCCAACACCGUCAGCCGGGCCGAAGAAAGACACAGCCACGUCCACUGAGGAACUCAACAGCCUAGAGGCUGCAUCCCCUGUGCCUGAUCGUCUAACACCCAGCCCAACACCUUCCCCGGAGGUUGUAUCAGCCCCUGCCCCUGCCCCUGCUGUGGCUCCCAGCCAGGCCCAGGCCCCUCUUGCCGCACCCAGAGGAGGCCUUGUGUACGCCGCCGAAUCCAAGCCCAAGCCAAAGCCCUCCAACGAGGUGACCCGCGAGUACAUCCCCAAGGUGGGCAUGACCACCUACACCAUCGUGCCUCAGAAGUCCCUGGAGAAGCUGCGCUACUUCGAGGUGGAGGUGACACUGGAGUCGCCGCCGUCAUCACCACCAGCCGAUGACGCCAAGGCCCCUGAGACCAAAGCCGUGGCCCCAGAGGCGGAGGUCAGCGCGGGUCCCUCCGAGGCCACAUGUGGCUCGGCGGAGGCCGAGACGACUCAGCAUGAGUCUGCGACCACAUCCCCGCCUGCGGAGGCCUGGCCUGCGGCCCCACCCGAGGCUGAGCUCGCGCUCAGGAAUGGGGCGGCUGAGUCAAUCGGCGACUCAAUGGCUGAGUAUGUGGUUCCUGUUCCUCCUCCCACACAGACACAGACAUUGACCUCAGCAGCAACAGCAGCAGCAGCAGCGGUGGUGGAUGGUGAAAUCCCCGGCAGCGGGACUGAAGGAGGAAGCACGCAGGAGUCUGGCCCGGUCCUUUCUCCAGUGUCGGCGACGGCCGCCGCAACGGUAGCAGCGGCGGUGGCGGCGGCGGCAGCCAUAGCUGCCGAGGUCAAGGAGAAGAAGGUUCCACCCGCAACUAAGCCCAAACCUGCCUCUUUCCGCUUGCCACAGCACAAAAGAACACCUGGGUAUUACGUAACCUCGGCCGCGGUGAAGGCUGCCAGCGGCAGCACCGGCGGCGGCCACAAGGAGGCCACAGGGGGCCAACACAAGGAGCAGACACUGGCAGCAGCCCCUCAGGCACCCUUGCAGGAGGCAGAGGAGGAGGGGGAGGAGGAGCCGGGGGAGCAGAAGGGAACGUUGCUCCCUCCACCACCACCACCACCUCCUCAAGAAGAGGAGAGACAGCAGGAGCAGGCGGUUGAGAGUGUUGCUGCAACACAGCAGAUCCAGGCUCCAGAGGACACCCGGCUAAGCCCCAGCCCAAGCCCAACCCCCAGCCUGAGCACCACCGGCUCGGUCCUCAGCUCCAGCCCCAUCCCCAGUCUCAGCUCGCUACCCAGCCCCAGCCCGGGCCUCAGCCCCAGCCCCAUUCCCAGCGGGAGCCCGGCCCUGAGCCCCACUCCCAGCCCUGCGAUCAGCCCGGCCGCCACACUGAUGAGGCAGGGCAGCCUGCCCGCCGGCAAGAGCCAGCCUCCCUCGCCCGGCCUCAGUCUAGAGAAGCUGCGCAGCUUCGCGGCGCCCAAGCCCUACUCCCCGUCCACGCCCUCCCGCUUCGCCCAGGCCGUGUCCUCGGCCGUCAAAAAGAGCCAGCCACUGCCACCAGGGGUGGGGACCGGGGGUCACAAGCACCCACUCGCAGGUCACAGCCCCAUCAGGGACCUGACAGAGCCCCUAAAGAAGAACACGAUGACAGACAAUGGGGACAAGUGCCCAGGUGUGUCAGGGCCAGAGGAGGGCUCGGUGACUGCUGUCUCCACCACCGCCACCACCACCGUCCCCACUGGGACCUCGGGAGCGGAUCCCACCCGCAGCGAAGAGCCCGCAGCGACGGCACCAGAGAUCCAUGGAAACGGGGCAGCAGAGCCCAGCGAUCAUCUGGCAGCAGUGGCAGGAGUUCCUCCCUCGGUGACGGAAGCGCUGCAGAGUUCGGGCGAGAUGCGAGCGCUACACGAGGAGUAGAUGCGUAGGCGGAGUGAGGAGGGAGUGUGGAUGAUGGUGCUGUAUAAGAGGGGGGGGGGGAGGNAGCGUGAUGAGAGGGAGGGGUGGUUGUCAGUGGGCUGACACGCCCCGUUGCAGUGGCAUCCUGUUGAGUCUUUUGGAUCCUGAUGUUAAGAUAUUUACUUUCUUUUUAUUUGAUUUUUUUGCAGCGAGUUUGGUUUUUACUGUUCAACAUCUUCAACACAUAAUUAUCGCAGUAAACUGUACAAGUUUGGUGCACAUGUAAGAUUGAGAAAAGACAAACUUGAGAGGGGUUGCUAUGAAUUCUGAAUUUUGUAAUGUGUAAACAUGUGCACAAUGGUUUCUUUUUUAUGAGGUUUUUUGCCUUUUAAAUUAUUAGUCAUAGAAUAAAGAUGUAAUUAUAUACCAGUGAGAAAAAUGGUACUUCUCAAAACUGUCUCCCUCAGUCCAUUUUGUACUUGUCUGGUUAACUAAGCUGUGCCCUGAAGACACUGGUAUAAUCUAUAUUGCUCGGGAUUUAAAACUGCUGUAAGAACUUAAUUUGUCUUUCUCUUGUAUAUUAAAAUAUCCUAUGAAACAGUGAAUGUUGUAUUUCUUUUCUUCGUUUUUUUUCAUUGAUGACACAUGAUACCUUGUAGUUGCUCAAAGCUGUAAUAACCUACCCAAUUGAAUACUUUCAGUCUCGGCACAAUUGCAGUUUAAGAGCAUCUUGUACAUUGUCUUCUUGGGAGCAGGUGUGUGUUAUGUUAUGUUAUGCGCAG